AUGGGUGGUGAAGACAAGGAAAACCACAUUGCAAGUCCUUCUAUAACACAGGAUUUGGUUCGGGAUGGGUUUGAUACAUCAAUGUCAAGGUUACUUCAGGAUUUUACCAGUGCAGAGUUGCUUGUCAAUACGCCCGAGAUGUCAAAGGAAACAAAUUCUUGUUCAGAUUCUGUUUGUGAAACUGUAAUUAACCCAAUGAAACACUUGCACUUGCGUAGACCUGCAGUCACUAAAAGAAAGAAGAGCAGCGCCUGCUCUUUGAAAAAGAAAACCUCGCCAAACUCCCUCAACAUUGCUAUAGCGGCCUGUAAAUUUCAGCGACCCAUUGUUUGGCCUGCUCGUCUUAGUGGUCAGAGUGACCGGCUUAACUCUCAAAUUCUGCGUCCCUCUCGUCUGUUGACAAAAGCAGAAGCAGCUACUGCUCAAGAAAUACAAACACCAACAGACCCCCGCCCGUCUGCUGAAAAAGUGUCACAAAGGCAGAACUGCAGUUUCGUUUUUGGAAAGGCAUCUGUUGUUGAUUAUUCUAGUCUUUCAUUUUCUAGCCUUUGUGAGCAAGCCACAAAGAAUAUUGCUGAGGCCAGUAAAGAUGUAGAGGAUCUUAACUGUGGUCCUGCACCCAGCAAGGAUACAGGAGCUGGUUCUGUGAAACCUGUAUGUAAACGCCAGAGUUCCACUGAUGCUCCUCCGGCUAAAUUUGCUAGGACAUAUGGUGCUGGCAACAACCCAGGCACCAGCCAGGCAAAAUCACCUAGUACCUGUGAAAGUAGCCGCACAUCAAAUGUAACACUAUGCAACGAACCGGCAGCAGCACCUUCAAGCCUUGAAACUCUGACGACGCUCAGGUUGGCUUUGUCCAGCUGUGGACAGGCUGUGUCUCAGGCAUCAUACUCUCAGGAUAUCAGUUUGGAUGAAAUUAACGCUAAUGAGCUGGCAAGCUACCUCGAGGAUCUUCUUCACAUCCCCCGAAAGAUGUCUGUCAUGGCAGAAAUGAUGUAUGCGUGA